GUAAAAAGAUCCGCUCCGGUAGCUAGCUGUCUGUGAGAAAUAUCCCUUAGCUCGCGUUUACGGCUCGAUUAAGCAUCCAUCGGCAGCUAGAUCUGUGAUACCGUACUCGAACCGCAGAACUGCAUGUCGCAAGUUUGAGUGAGACAACUUCAUAUAUUAUAUAUAUAUAUACACAUUACAUUAUAUACAAUUUAUAUAUAUUUUAGUAACAUCUUUUAUUAAAAUAUAUUUAUAUAUAUUUAUAUAUAUACCCGCGACUUCAAUUUUUUACUACUAUGGGUUUCUUCGACUGGGAGGACGACGACGACGCCGAGUCCGUCGUCUCAACCUCGACAACACGAAAAUCUCACUCGGGCCAUUCCUCCCGUCCGCACCGCAGCAAGCGUCACUCAGGCGCGGGAUCUGUCUUCGGCGGCAGUAGUAGCCAUCACAGCAGCUCGCGGAGCUCUUUCUUCAACCUCGGAAAUGGCAGCAGCCGAAGUUUCUUCAGCCUCGGUGGCCGCUCCAAUUCGUACUACAAACGCCAGCCGCGCUCGUCCUUCGUCCAGCGGACACUGAAGAAGCUGCGCCGGCUCUUACGCGACUUAAUAUACUAUGCAAAGCGCCACCCUAUCAAGGUGUUCAUGCUGGUCAUCAUGCCUCUGAUCACCGGAGGUGCUUUAACUGCCCUCCUAGCCCGCUUCGGCCUCCGCCUGCCUCCGACCAUUGAGCGUAUGCUGGGUGUUGCAGCCCGCGCCGGUUCGGGGGAUAGCGUUGGUCUCAUGAACGAGGCCGUGCGCAUGGCUGGUGGUCUCGGCAACAACGAGAGCCUUUCCGUCCACCGGGUCCGCGAUGGUGACUACCAAUGGGAACGGCGACGGGAGUAUCAUAGCGAGAGUCACGACCGCGGCUUCUUCGGCAGUAUUCGAGACUUCUUUUCUUAGCGUAAGAGGUGGUUGGCUUGGGGCGGUAUAUAAUGGCUUAUGAUGAGGAAUGGGGUGGACGAAUUCAGGUGAAUUCAGGUGCCCCUUACCUGCUACGAAUGUAUGGAUGGCGUUUUAGGACUGAUUCUAGGAAGAGAUUUGGGAGAUUCUUCACUUCAUACCAUUCUUUAUUCUUGCAAGGGUUGGGGUUACGAUUGAUGUCCAAAAACAAAAAGAAUGGUU